GCUCAUCGCUUGCCGUGCGUGACCAUCUGCAAGUAAAUAUUCUAAUCUUUUGCAGAGGCAACUGACGACAGCCUCAACCCCUACCAACUUCAAUCAUGCUGAGGAUUACGCCAUCUCGAGUCCUCGCUCGAGCUUGGUCUCGUCCAUUUAGUCCCCGUGUUCUGCCCACCUUCCGAUCUAGAAACUUUGCAACCGUCGUGGACCCCAUCCCCAAAGUAUGCGCCCCGAAACUCUCAGAAGAAUUGGUUGCAACUGCUUUCGGGCGGAUCUAACCGAAUUAUAGGACCCAGCAGAAUUAGACCAAGUAACCACGCUUCCCAAUGGAAUUCGGGUUGCGACGGAGGCAUUGCCAGGUCAUUUUUCUGGAAUCGGAGUUUAUAUGGAUGCAGGUUCUCGAUAUGAAAACGAACAUCUUCGAGGCGUGAGCCAUAUAAUGGACAGACUGGCCUUUAAAUCGACGACGAAACGAACAAGUGAUGAAAUGUUGGAGGCGCUGGAAUCCUUGGGUGGAAAUAUACAAUGCGCCUCUUCGAGAGAAGCCCUUAUGUACCAAUCCGCAACUUUUAACUCGGCAGUGCCUACAACGGUCGCUUUACUUGCAGAAGCUAUACGCGAUCCCUUAAUCACAGAAUUAGAGGUGGAGCAGCAAUUGGAGACGGCCGCAUAUGAAAUUGGGGAAAUAUGGUCAAAGCCAGAGUUGAUAUUGCCCGAAUUGGUCCAUCUGGCAGCAUACAAGGACAACACUCUCGGAAAUCCAUUGCUGUGUCCAAAGGAGAGGCUCGGAAUGAUCAACAAACGUGUCAUUGAAACAUACCGGUCUACAUUUUACAAACCAGAGCGCAUGGUUGUGGCUUUUGCUGGGGUUCAGCAUGACGAGGCUGUCAGAUUAACGGAGCAAUACUUUGGGGAUAUGGCGAAAUCCAACGCCCCAUCACUUGCGCAGACUGGUUCAGACACAACAUUAGGCUCCUCAUCGACGAAACAUCCAGCUCCGAUACAAAACCCAUCAAAAUUACUUUCACGAAUUCCUUUUUUCAAAAAUCUCUCCACUUCCGCAGCUAAAAAUGCCGAAGUACACUCGCAUCUCAACAUCCCACCAUCUGCGCUCGAGCUCAAGCAACAUUCUCAUUAUACCGGUGGAUUCUUGACUCUCCCCAAUUUACCACCUCCCAUUCAAGCCACUCUCCCCCCAUUAUCUCACCUCCACCUCGCCUUUGAGGCGCUUCCCAUAGAAUCGGAAGAUAUCUAUGCUCUUGCCACACUCCAGACUCUCCUUGGUGGAGGCGGUUCCUUCUCGGCUGGUGGUCCUGGGAAGGGAAUGUAUUCACGUCUAUAUACCAACGUCCUAAACCAACAUGGAUGGGUAGAAUCUUGCGUGGCCUUCAACCACGGCUACACGGAUUCCGGAAUCUUCGGAAUCUCAGCCAGCUGUUCGCCCAGCAAAGUGCACAGUAUGCUCGACGUCAUGUGUCGAGAACUCCAAGCCCUAACUUUGGAAACGGGCUACUCCUCCCUCCAACCCGCCGAAGUGAACCGAGCCAAGAACCAGCUCCGAUCUAGUCUCCUCAUGAACCUCGAAAGUCGCAUGGUCGAACUCGAGGAUCUCGGUCGACAAGUCCAAGUCCAUGGACGCAAAAUAGGGGUCCGCGAGAUGUGUAGGAAGAUUGAAAAUCUCACUGUCAAGGACCUCCGAAGAGUUGCGAAGAUGGUAUUCGGAGGAAUGGUACAGAACCGCGGGAAAGGAAGCGGUUCUCCUACCCUCGUCUUACAAGAAGGUGAUGAGGAGGGCAUCACGCGGAAAGCGCUACAGUGGUCCGACGCGCAGGAGAAGAUUGCGGGGUGGAGAUUAGGCAGACCUUCGUGAUUAUAGAGCUGAACUCUGUGUCAGUUGAAAAUUUUAAAGAAAUCCAUCUUAUGAGUGUUAUGAGGGGGGAGGGGGAACAGAAAG